AUGACUUCAUCCGAACAACAACGAUCAUCUAACGAUGAAACCUUUAUUUCUUCGUCUACUCCUCCUACAUCUAUAUAUACAUUAUCUCAACCUCUAAUGUCAUCGUCACAACAAACGAAAACUCAGUCUAUGUUUCCGAACCAAUUACAAAUUACGUCAUCUGGACAACAGACGAAAACUUUAAUUCUGUCUCCACCACUAUCUCCAACAAGACCUUUAUCUCCAACAAUACCUUUAUCUCCAACAAGGCCUUUAUCUCCAACAAGACCAACAAGACCUUUAUCUCCUUCGCAAAAAUCAACUCCGUCUAUGACUCCUUCACGAUCUUUGCCUACACAAUCAAACAAAUCUCAAUCUAUGCUUCCUAAAUCACUAUCUCCACCACUAUCUCCACGUAAACCAACACAAUCACUAAGUCAACAACGAUCUUUACCUUCAUUUCGAUCAGUUCAAUCACAACCUUUACCCCCUCAGUUACAACAAGUACGGGAUUCACAACCUCCAUCACCGACACAAGAACUAGAAAAUCUUAACCUAAAUCCAUCGAUUUAUAAUAACAAUUCAAAUAAUAGUUCUUCAACAAAACUACAUAUUCAUACAUCCCCUGAUCCAAAAUCAAGUAAAUCAGAUGAUUCCUUAUCACCUAUCAUAGAGACUCUUAGUCCAAUGUCAAAAAAAACUUCAUUUGCAUUAGUAACAAGAGCUGACUUGGCAUUAAUAGCUGGAUGGAUUGAUGUUUCUUAUUCAAAAUAUGCUAUUAAUUUAUCUAAGAGUACUGGACCAGCUUUUGGGACUACGGAUUUGAUAAUGAAAGAUGGUGAGAUUAAAUGUAAACCUGAUUGUUAUUCUUUAGAUUUCUUGAAAAAAAUUGAAGGUGAAACGGAUACAUUUGAUAAUGUAAAGAGUUAUAAGAUAGAAGAAUAUGAAGUAUAUCUUUUGUUGAAGAGAAAAUAA